AUGUUUUGCCUACGGUCUGGUAAUAGGUUCAGUUUCCGGCUGGGCUCCUGGAUUCAUCGGGAUAUCACCACAAAACUACAGCUACGCCAUAAAGUCACAGAUACUCUCUCUAGUUCCUCUGCUUCAUUAAAGAGGUCACCGGCCGGCACUCAGAAUGGCCCCCUGCGUGCACCACUUCGGUAUCCCCAGGCGAAGACACAGCCGACUCAAGGCAGAGCGGCCCGCCUAAAGCCGAAACAGAUAGUGAUAUACCAUGCUGGUACCGGGAAAAUCGCCUUUAUCGGUUUAAUGCGAGUCACGACUAUCCUAGUGUUCGUUGUUUCCUGCGCCGUCGUGGCUCCAGCUUUCUAUGCGGCAGAAUUCCCAUGGUAUAUAGCUCCUGCAAUUAUUAUCGGUGGGGCGAUACCUAUGCUCUUCGUUUCGUUUACAGCCGCCCCCUUCGUGAACCAAGUGUACCUUUCCCUACCGGCCUUUACUCAGCAGUCAAGAGAACACCUACGAGCAUACCUGAACAAAAUCCCACGUAAUGCAACAUUGAAUGUUGAGACCAUGAAAUUUAACUUCUACCCCAAACGAACACUUGUCUCGGUAUCAGACUUGGUCCCUCGAACUUCAAUGGUUCGUCCCGUGAGCUUUAUGAACAUUAACCCACAGCCUAGGCCGUGGUGGAAGGGGAAAGAUCAAGUUUUCUUCUUUGCGCCUGAGAAGAGUCGCCCAGCAAAGUCAACUGCAAGGUUUCUCCCCGAGAUAUGGGAGCAAGUCUUUACAUUAAUUAAGAGCAACCGGGCACCGUGA